AUGAAAUUCACCAGAUUGUUAGCCCCAGAAUGCCACUGUGAUCAUAUAAAUAACAAGCCCCACGUACACAACAAUCACAGCCAUGGUAGUGGCAAUUGCGGAGGCCACAGUGGCAACUCAUCUGCUAAUUCAGGAAAUUCAGGUUGCUCCAAUGCGGUAUCAGGAAACUCUUCAAAUUCUGUAAACACCCCGGGCUCUGGCGCUUCUGCAUCAUCAGCUAAAUUAUCAGGCCCAGGAACCCCCCCACCAGCUCCAACCCCUUCUCCAGCAACACCCUCAGCUAAAGAUGACGCGGGAAAAGCAAUUGACCAAAUUGACGACCAAAUUGAGAAGAAAAAGAAAAAUAAAAAAUUAUGCAUAAUAUCAUCAGCAGCCACAGCUUUGGCUCUCUUACUAGGAGGAGCACUAGGAUUCGGAAUUUACAAAAACAGAAAGGCACCAAAGGUAAACGGAGAUAAUACAAAUGGAACCCCCGCCACUGAAGGUUCUGGCCCUGUCGUAGAAGGAAAUGCCGAAACCCCUGCUCCAGCCGAUACUCCCGCCGUCCCAGAGACCCCACAAGAAUCAUAA